GGGCUUCAGCUGUUUCCAUCUGCACGCGCCGUCUUCCUUUCCGCGCUUUUUAUUUCCGCCAGUAUACGACACUACCGGCACCAUGAGUCUAUUCGGUACAACCCAGCAGACAGGCCAAUCUCUUUUCGGCGCUCCUCAGACAGGCACUUCGUUGUUCGGGCAAACGCAGCAACAGCAGCAGCCGCAACAACAACAACUGCCAACUGCCUCCAUCCUCGGUCAGUCGCAGGCAACCCAGAACCAGCAGUUGGGCAGCUCUCUAUGGCAGCCCGGAAGCCAGACAACCUACCAGAAGCCGAUCCCGGAGCAGAUCCAAGUCAUCACUCAGAAAUGGGACCCAACCAACCCCAACUGCGCCUUCAAGACGUACCUCUACAACAAGGUCGAUGAGCAUGCCGCUCCCCUCUACCAGCCCGGACCGAACGACGACCCCAAGGAGUGGGAAGAGGCUCUCGCGGAAAAGCCAGGGCCGAACUACAUCCCCGUGCUGUGCGCGGGCUUCCCCGCCAUCGUCGCGCGCCUGCUUCUCCAGCGGCGCGUGAUCACCGAGUUCAACAACAAGCUGCACGCCAUCAACGCCAGCCUGGACGAGAUCCUGUCGCGUCACGGCCUCGAACACUCGGUGCGCGCGCUCAAGGCGAGGAGGAGACAUGCGGAGCUGAGCAAGCGGUGCUUGGCGCUGGCGUCGCGAGUCCAGGUGCUGCGCAACAGGGGGUACGCGCUGAGCAGCGACGAGGACGAGCUCAAGCAGAAGCUGGCCAAGAUCGACAAGAACAUUCAGGACCCGGCGCUGAGCGCGCGCAUGGAGGAGCUCUGGAGUAGGCUGAUUAUCUUGAGGGGAUAUGCGGACAAUCUGAAGGAUGAGAUCAACAAGCCUGGUUUUGCGGAGAGCGACGGACUUGGUGAGGAGGUUGAGGCGAAAGCGAAGAAGAUCCUCGAGGACUACGAGAAGCAGUUGCAGCACCUCAAAAAGCAGGUCGAGGAAGCCAGGAAGGACUAUGAGGACUGGGAGAAGGAACACCAGCCUACUCCGGCACCCAUGUAAAGGGGAGAGUCCGUGG